AUGGGACGAGAACCAGUUGGUGGUCGCCAAGUGGAUACCGAAGCGGCCAACUGGAUGAAAGCAUUCAUGGAUUUGCACCCUCCAACAUUUAAAGGACAGCUGGAGGUUGAUCCGAGCAUAGCGAAAAAUGUCGUCAGCCUCCUAGCUCCGCUUCCGGUCAGUGACCGAUUUUGGGCUUCCGAUACACUCCUCUUUGAAGCUCAAGCCCGGCUUCAAGAUCCUGUCUAUGGUUGUGUAUCCCACAUUCUAGCACUUCAACAGCAAGUUAGUGAUUUGCAAGCUUAUCGAGCUUAUUUGCAAGAUUCACUAUUCGCAUAUUGUUCUUCACAUCCCCAACUUGCUCCCCAACCUGAUCAAUACCCAAGCUGGAAUUCCGAUCUUCCCAUCAUCCAAGAGGACGUCGCUCAUCCUAGUUUCUCAGAGGCCACUCUUCCACCUUACCGUAGCGAAACCAGCAGCAGCCAGAUGCCACUCCCAGAUGACAUCGAUGAGCUGGGACCUGUCGUGUUUGGCAACCAUCGUCAUCCUUGA